AUGGCUCCUGUUCAAGGCACGCUCCAUAAAUACGACGCCCGGCAUGUCGCCUUUGAGCAUGCCGCCGCCUCUCCCGGCCGCCACCUGCUGCUCUUCAUCGGCGGCCUGACCGACGGGCUGCUGACGACGCCGUAUACCACGCAGCUGGCCCAGCGGCUGCCGGCGGGCUGGAGCCUGGCGCAGGUGCUGCUGUCCAGCUCCUACGACGGCUUCGGCUGCGCCUCGGUGCAGCUGGACGUGGCCGAGCUGGCGGCCUGCGUGCGGUAUUUCCAGCACGAGCAGGGCAAGCAGACCAUCGUCCUGCUGGGCUGUUCCACGGGCUGCCAGGAUACGCUGACGUACCUGCUGGCCCCGGGGGUGCCUCGCGUGCGCGCGGGGAUCCUGCAGGCCCCCGUGAGCGACCGCGAGGCCCUGAGCCUCCUGAUGGCCCCCGGGCAGCUGCGCGAGGCGAUCCAGGCCGCGCAGGCCAUAUCCAGCGCCGAGAAUGGCAAAGACAAAGACAAAGACGGCCGAAAGACAACCCUGCCGCCCCAUCUGCUGCCGUCCUUCAUGGCCGUCCCGAUGACCGCCUACCGGUUCCUGAGCCUGGCCAGCCCCAACCACGACGGCGACGACGACCUGUUCAGCUCCGACCUGACGGACGCCCAGCUGGCGCGCACCUUUGGCGCCAUCCCUGCCGCCACGCCGCUGUGUAUCCUGUACUCGGGCAGCGACCAGUUCGUCCCCGACACAGUGGACAAGGAGGCCCUGGUGCAGCGCUGGAUCGCCGCCAGCCGCGCGGGCACGGGGGCCGUCGACGAGGCCUUUUCGGGGGUGGUUCCGGGGGCGACGCACACGAUGGAGGGUGCGCCGCAAGCCAGCCUGGACGACUUUUUUGACCGGGUUGGGUGGUUUUUGCAGAAGCUAUAG